AUGUUAUUAUUCUGCUUAACUAUUGCCUUCAGUCUCUUAUGUUACCACUCAAUGCAAUCCCGUUGCAUUCCACUUUCAAGAACUGUUAAGAAUAGAGGGAUUUCCCAUGCAGGUGAAAUGCACCCUCACUUCCAGAAUUUAAGAAAGAGGGGAAUGGAACUUGCCAAAGAUCUGGGAGAAGCUUCAGGCCAAUGUGAAAAAGGUAUUAAAGAAACAACUGGGGGUCUAAAGGAUCAAUAUGGACUGACAGCACCAGUUGGCAUUGAUGGAAGUGGUCAAUACAACCUGGUGGAUGGAAAGGUUUUGAAGUCUGGGUUAAUUAGUCAGACUUAUCAAGAAACUAAAAACAUCUUCUUUUUCACAUUCCUUCUUGAUCCAGCAAUGAAAAAACAAUCAAAUUCUCCCCCUAAACAGUUGACGUGGGACAUUGAAAGCAUUGAAAUUCUCAGAGCCUGAUGAUGAAGAUGGGAAAAUACCUAUAAUUUUGGGAUACUCUUAUAAGGGUGUUCGAUGCUGCAUAUUUUUAUGCAGCAUAAAAUUAUCUGAAAGUUCUGGAUAUGGAAACUCACAACUGGUAAUGCAUGGUGUUUGAGAUAGUUUUCUAGGAAUCUGUAGCUCCACAAGAAAAAUAUACAGUUAUACUUGGAAUUUUCCUUUGAAUUCAUUCUUUUUUACCCGCUUAUCUCAGUAAAUAAUGUUGAAUCAUCUUGUGUUCAUUCCCUCUUUGAUUCAUAACUUUGAACUGAAUCUGGCUCUUACACAUUGUGAAUUCCUGUUCAGGAAUUGAGUUUAUUUUUCUUACUUUUUUUCUAAGUAACAGUACAUCAUACUUUGCCACUGAAUUGAUAUUUUCCCUGUGUUGAUGUUGACUUUCACCUGAAAUCAUCUGUUUUUCCAGUAUUAUUUAAAUUUACUGAGAAAUUGAAUUCAAGAGUAUCCCAUUCUGCUACCC